AUGCUGUAUUCUCUGUUUUAUAACCACUUGAAGAACAUUGAGGAAAGUGAAGGUGGCCUUGAUAAAUUUACCAAAAGUUACAAAUCCUUUGGAGUGAACCAGCUUGCAGAUGGUGGAAUAUACUGCAAAGAGUGGGCACCCGGAGCAGAAGCAGUGUUUCUCGCAGGUGACUUCAAUGGCUGGAAUCCAUCUUCUCAUCCAUAUAAGAAGUUGGAAUAUGGCAAGUGGGAGUUGUUCAUUCCACCUGAAGAUGGCCAAUCUCCUGUGCCCCAUGGGUCAAAGCUAAAGGUGGUGAUUCGUGCUCAGAACGGCGCCCUCCUCUAUCGUAUUUCACCCUGGGCAAGAUAUGUGGUCCGUGAUGAAGACAAAGUGAAUUAUGAUUGGGUUCACUGGAAUCCUCCACAGUCAUAUAUACAUAAGAAUCCUUCUCCCAAGAGAUUAAAAAGCCUAAGAAUCUAUGAAUCUCAUGUGGGAAUUGCUUCCCCAGAAGGCAAAGUAGCUUCUUAUAAAAACUUCACAUACAAUGUACUGCCUAGAAUAAAGGACCUUGGCUAUAACUGUGUCCAGCUGAUGGCCAUUAUGGAACAUGCAUACUAUGCCAGUUUUGGUUAUCAGGUCACAAGUUUCUUUGCAGCAUCAAGCCGGUACGGAACUCCUGACGACCUGAAGGAGAUGAUUGACGUUGCUCACUCCAUGGGCAUCACAGUCCUGCUGGAUGUGGUGCACAGCCACGCCUCAAAAAACUCAGAAGAUGGUCUCAACCAGUUUGAUGGUACAGAUUCCUGUUUCUUCCAUUCUGGAUACAGAGGCAAUCACCAGCUCUGGGACAGCAGGCUCUUUGACUAUGCAAACUGGGAAGUCCUGAGAUUCCUUCUGUCUAAUUUGAGGAUGUGGAUUGAAGACUAUCGCUUCGAUGGGUUCCGGUUUGAUGGCGUUACGUCCAUGUUGUAUCACCACCACGGCAUCGGCACAGGGUUCAGUGGAGAUUACAAUGAGUAUUUUGGCCUGCAUGUGGAUGAAGAUGCUUUGUGUUACCUGAUGCUGGCCAAUCACAUGAUUAACACCUUGCACCCAGAAUGCAUAACCAUAGCAGAGGAUGUUUCUGGAAUGCCAGCUCUCUGUCGGCCUGUGGCAGAGGGAGGAGGGGGCUUUGAUUACAGACUUGCCAUGGCCAUUCCAGAUAAGUGGAUACAGAUAAUUAAGGAGCUGAAAGAUGAAGACUGGAACAUGGGCAAUAUUGUGCAUACAUUGACAAACAGACGGUAUGAAGAAAAAUACAUUGCUUAUGCAGAGAGUCAUGACCAGGCCCUGGUUGGUGACAAGACCCUGGCCUUUCGCCUGAUGGAUGCAGAGAUGUACACAAACAUGAGUGUGCUCAUGCCCCUGACACCAGUUAUCGAUCGUGGGAUCCAGCUUCAUAAAAUGAUUCGUCUCAUUACUCAUGCACUCGGAGGAGAGAGCUAUCUGAACUUCAUGGGUAAUGAAUUUGGACAUCCAGAAUGGCUUGACUUCCCCAGAAUAGGGAAUAAUGAGAGCUACCACUAUGCCAGACGACAGUUUAAUCUUACUGAGGAUGAUCUUCUUCGCUAUAAAUUCCUAAAUGCCUUUGAUAGAGAUAUGAAUAAAUUGGAGGAAAGAUUUGGCUGGCUUGCAUCUCCCCAGGCCUAUGUGAGUGAAAAGCAUGAAUCCAAUAAGGUCAUAGCAUUUGAGAGAGCAGGUCUUAUUUUCAUUUUCAACUUCCAUCCAUACCAAAGUUAUGUGGACUACAGAGUGGGUAUUGAAACUCCAGGAAAGUAUAAAAUCCUUCUUGAUUCUGAUGCUGGAGAAUAUGGAGGGCAUCAAAGGCUGGACCACAGAACAGAGUACUUCUCUGAGCAAUAUCCUCACAAUUAUCGACCUAAUUCAAUUAUGAGCAGCUCCAGCCAACCCCCCAGAGGAUGCCUCUUGCACCAAAUAAAGGUGUACAUUCCAAGCAGAGUUGCUCUUGUGCUUCACAACGUGGACAUCCCAAAGUGAAGUUCUCUGUGAGCACCACAGAAGAAGCAAGUCACAAAGAAGUGCUGAUACACUGUACUAGUACUAAGUAUAACAAAACUUGCUCUAAGGAGGCUUUCUGAGGCUGAGUAUAGUAAUAGUAGGUGUUUAAAAUGUAAGAUUAAUAUUCACAUAUAAGUGCAGAGCUCUUGACUUGCUAGACCCUCUUUUGAGGAAGCUUUACAAAGAGGCAGAAAGGAAAAUGUUGGGUUUGUAGUUCUAGUAGUACAAAAUUACACUUAAGGUGUUGCAAAGCAGCAGGUAUUCUCAAUUAAAUUGUUGUUUACAGAAUUUUAUCAGGAAUGGUAAGAGUGAUCCUGCUCCAAAGUUUGUAAUUUCUUAUAAUUCUCAUUUUGAUAGUGAAUUCAAAUAUUCAUUAUGUAUUAAUGCUUCUUACUAAAAGUAAGUAGUUUGCUUAAAUGAAACAGAAGUUUUUGGCUAAAAGGCAGCCUUAAUGGUUUGUGGGACCUAAUUUGAGGCUCCUCUUCUUCAAUGAAGUCUAACAUGGAAUUAGAAAUGCUUAUCCAAAUGGAUAAGAAGGUCCUCUGAGAGUCUUGUACUUUGCUAUGUUUUAUUUAAUUACAAAUGCACAAAAAUGCUGGGCAGCAAAACGAGCAGGCCGAUUGAGUGGGGGCCUGCUGAUGCUGUUGUGUGUGCUGGUUGUCUGCUCCCACCCAAAUCACUGAGUCUGAGCAUCUCACUUGCUGGAGAUGGACAAAAAUGACACAACUGUUUUAUCUAGAUCACUAAAAUGUUCAGUGAGAAGCAUGUUUUGGUCUUAAUGCAACAAUACCACACUGGAAGAGGUACUUAAAGUGCAAUUCUUCCCACUGCAUUUAUUUCACUAACAUCAGGACCUUGCAAUACUGAUUUCACUACUUGCAGAAGCUGCCUUUCAGCUUGGAACAUGAUGAUGUUCUUGCACUUUUAUAACUUUUGAAACAUUGCUUCUCGUGAAGAAGCAGUCUCAAAAUUCAGUGAUCAAACUAAGGUGGUUCUUUUUGAUUAAAAUUAAGAUAGUUAAUUAUUGGAGUGCUGCUAAGAUAAUUCAAGUGAGUUUAUUCAAUAAGCUACAACUUUUUUGUAAAGAGUAAGAUUUUGUAUAUUUGAAAAUGUAUUGCAGAUUAUUCUGGAAAAUUAAUACCAAAUUAAUGAGACAUGCUUUAUUUUGUUCCAUUUAUUUAAAAACAUAUUUGAAUUGGUUCUGAAAUGAAUGUCUUUUGUACCAAUCUGAAUUUUCUAACUUUUAAAGUAGCCAAAGAGGAAGAUGUCCGUGACCAUUUCCAAGUCAUAAUUUUACCCAGUUUCCUUUGUGAACCAUUGUGUAAACUACUGAAUAGUUGGUGCCAACACUGACAAUCUAUUCACAGUUCUUGGAAUGCUUACUUGUGGCUUACUUCUUAAGCAAAACAAGGGGUGGAAUAAUGCAGCAUGAUGGAAAACAGUCUUUUGCAGAGUUCACACUGAAAGGGCUUUGUGAACAUCCCCAGUCUGAUAUGUUCUGUGUGGCAGAGAAUGUUAUAUUGCAGUUGAGUACCACAGGAUCAUGCUUCAUUUUCCUCUACACCUGUUUGAUCAUUGUUUGCUUGUGGGCUAAUAAAAGCAUUCCUGUUACGCUAUGACUUUAAAUAAAAUAUACUGAACUGUUUUAGCAACUGGAACUGAUUAUCUUUUUUUUUUUCCCCAGAUUGUUUUUCUUCUAAUACAGAGCAACUUCUAAAACGUGUUAUAUUUACAAUGUAUUGCUCUAAUAUGUUUUAUAGGGUGGUUUGUUUCUUUUUUUAAUUUUAUUUUGCUGGCACAAU